ACUGUCAGGGCUGUCGAAGGGGCCUUGAUGGAAGAAAGGAGGACAUCGUCUUGUCAGCAAACAACACUUACAGUUUGCAAUUCUUGGAACGCAAAAGACGCGUGUGAAAAUCACUGAGGAAGGAUACAACGUCGUACAGAAGUUAAUUAAGUUUUUAUCGCCGGAGUCACGCGUUCUAUGUCUAAAGCGUAUGGUUCUAGCGGGAUAUAAGUGUUUCACUACAAAAUUGAAAGUGUUUGAAAUGACAGUCGGUACAGUGAGGAUAACGCAUAAUAACAUAUUGUCUUUCUUUACCGUCCAACAAGAUGAUUUACUUACACUGCGGACUUGCACAACCUUUCUCUCCAAUUUACUUUUUGGUUGCAGCGGGGAUCUUGGCGAUGUUUAACAACAGUAAAACAUUUGGAUUUGAACAAGAGACGGAGAGCUUUCUACAGGGGCUUCCGCAGUACGAGGUCGUUCACCCCUACCGAGUGGACGAAGGUCACUUCCUGUCCAACUUUGUGUCCCACCGCGUCAGCCGGGUACAGCGGAGGGAAACCCAGGGGGAACCAGGAAACCCUACACGGGUGUUCUACCAGUUGCAGCACGGUGGCCACAAUCUGCACUUCAACCUCACCCUCAACCCACACCUGCUGGCUCCUGGCUUCCUGACUGAGCGAAGGUACGGUGGCAUGGAGGGGGCCACAAUACGCAGCCAUGGCCCUUCGCUGUGCCACUUUAUCGGGGACGUGUGGGACCAGGCAACCAUGAAGGGGAGGGCGGCUAUAAGCACUUGUGACGGCCUGACUGGGCUGUUCAAGCUGUCCCAGGAGGAGUUCUUUAUCCGGCCAUUGGAGGGGUCUAGUGAUGAGUUGACGGCACCACAAGUCCACAUUAUCUACAAGCGCCACACUUCCCCCACCCAAAGCCAGUUGGUACAGCCCAUCUCUGGAGACCAUACCACCAACGGUACCUGUGGGGUCAAAGAUCCCGCUGCGGCGUUGGAGCGUGUGGAGAGGCAACGGGAGCGCUGGGAGAGACGCCAGCGGAGGAAGAGGAGGAUACGCCAGCGUUCCAUCAGCAGGGAGAAGUGGGUGGAAACGCUGGUGGUGGCCGAUUCCAAGAUGGUGGAGUACCACGGCACUAAGGGCGUGGAGAGCUACGUACUGGCUGUCAUGAACAUCGUGUCGGGGUUGUUUCAUGAUGCCAGCAUUGGAAACCCGAUCAACAUCGUAGUGGUUCGUCUGAUCCUGCUGGAGAAGGAAGAGGAAGACCUGAAGAUCACCCACCACGCUGACAACAGCCUGAGCAGCUUCUGUAAGUGGCAGAAACGGCUUAACGUGAAGGGAGAAGAACACGCGGUCCAUCACGACGUGGCCGUCCUUCUCACCAGAAAGGACAUCUGUACAGCCAUCAAUAAGCCUUGUGAGACCCUGGGCCUGUCUCAUGUGGCAGGAAUGUGUCAGCCCCACCGCAGCUGCAGCAUCAGUGAGGACACGGGCCUGCCGCUGGCCUUCACCGUCACUCACGAGCUCGGGCACAACUUUGGGAUUCAGCAUGAUGGGAACGGCAAUGACUGUGAGCCGAUUGGGAAAAGACCUUUCAUCAUGUCUCCACAGCUCCUGUAUGGCACCUCCACCCCCAGCUGGUCGCGCUGCAGCCGCCAGUAUAUCACCCGCUUCCUCGAUCGAGGCUGGGGCUGGUGCCUGGAUGACCCCCCCAUGCGGGACGGGCUGGAUCUGAACUCUGUUCCCCCCGGGGUCCUGUACAGUGCUGCCCACCAGUGCCGCCUACAGUACGGCUCUGGAUCCCUGCUCUGUGACGACGUGGACAACGUCUGCAGUACGUUGUGGUGCACUGUGGGGACAACUUGUCACUCAAAGCUGGAUGGUGCAGUCGACGGGACCAGGUGUGGUGAGGACAAGUGGUGCUUUGACGGGGAGUGUGUGGCGGUGGGACACCAGCCUGAGAGCGUCAAAGGGGGCUGGGCUCCAUGGAGCGAGUGGUCUGCCUGUUCCAGAACCUGUGGGGCCGGAGUUCAGAACGCCCAGAGGGACUGCGUCAACCCAGUUCCCAAGUACGGAGGGAAGUACUGCGUGGGGGAGCGAAGGCGCUACAAGAUCUGUAACAGCACCCGCUGCCCCAACCAGCCCUCCUUCAGACUUAUCCAGUGCAGUCACUUUAACACCAUGCUUUACAAGGGCAAGUUCUACAAAUGGGUGCAGGUCAACAACAGAGUGAACCCCUGCGAGCUACACUGCCGCCCUCUGAACGAGUACUUCUCAGAGAAGAUGCUGGACGCCGUCAUUGACGGGACCCAGUGCUAUGAGGGCAGCUUGAGCCGAGACAUGUGUGUUAACGGCAUCUGCAAGAAUGUGGGGUGUGACUAUGAGAUUGACUCCAACGCGGUGGAGGAUCGCUGUGGGAUUUGCCAUGGCAACGGGUCUACUUGUGAGACUGUGAAGAAGACCUUUGAGGAGAGCGAAGGGCUUGGGUAUGUGGACAUUGGGCUGAUUCCAGAGGGGGCUCGGGAAAUUCGUAUCGAGGAGGUGGCUGAGGCUGGGAAUUUCUUGGCUCUCCGGAGUGACGACCCCGGAAAGUACUUCCUGAACGGCGGUUGGACUAUCCAAUGGAAUGGGGAAUACAAGGCAGCGGGGACGGUGUUCACCUAUGAGAGGACAGGCCAACUGGAGAACUUGACCUCCCCUGGACCAACCCUAGAGCCAGUGUGGAUACAGCUACUCUUCCAGGAGACCAACCCAGGGGUGCGUUAUGAGUACACCAUCCAUAGAGAGACUCUUCUGGACUCAGACAAUGACAUCCCUAUCCCCGGUUUCUUCUGGAAGUAUGGCUCAUGGACUGAGUGCAGUGCCACCUGCGGGACAGGUGUCCAGCGACAGAUUGUUCACUGUGUGGAGAGGACCUCUGGGAUAGUAGAAGAGGGCUACUGUGACCCGACGACCCGUCCUGACGAUAAACGAGCCAGCUGCAAUGAGGAGCUUUGCCCAGCCAUAUGGUGGGUGGGAGAGUGGCAGAAGUGCUCGGCCACAUGCGGUGAGAAGGGCUUGGCCAAGAGGACGGUGCUGUGCAUCCAGGCCGUGAGUCUGGAGGAGAACAGAGCCCUGCAGCCCUCUGAAUGUCACCACAUGCCCAGGCCUGAGUCAGCGGCGCCUUGUAACGCUCAUGUCCCCUGCCCCGCGGACUGGUCCACAGGCAACUGGUCUGAGUGCUCGCUGACGUGUGGUGGUGGUGUGCGGAGCCGAAAGGUUGUCUGUUCCAGAAACACAGGGGUGGACUGUGACCCCCGAAAGAAUCCCAGUUCCCUUACUCCAUGCUACCUCCAGGACUGUCCUAAGAUCAUCGACGUCUUCGGUGGUAGCAACGACUGGUCUGGCAGUGGUUCGUCAAGCAAGGAAAUCAACGAAAUCAACUCCAUCCCUGACUCCAACCCCCUGCACAAACACAGUACGACUAGAGCUCAUCCAAGGGCCCCUAACAAUCUGAAUAACAUCAUCUCCCACCCGAAUCACAUUGACAAGACUACUGACAACUCAGCCAAAAACAAUGUACUUGUGGACGAUUUUUACUACGACUACAACUUUAUCAAAUUCCACGAGGACAUUUCCUACGACUUGGGCUUGGCGAACAACGGUAAAGACUUGGUGGAUGAUCUUGGACCAGAUCCACAACAGAAGCCUCAACCAAGUUCUAGUGCAGAAGAACAUGUUUACAGAGAAACGACAACAGAUCCUCCCACAGCUACCUCACCCAUUUCUACCACUUUUAAGACUACUCCUUUCAUUAGGGAAGUUGAGGAACCACAAGACCCUAACCUGGACAAUGCAGAGAUUGAUGGAAGACUACAGACGGAGAAACCCAAUGAAGUAGAGCGAGAGGAGGAGGAUUUACUCCUUUCAGAGGACUAUUUUCUACCUGUUUCCACCACACCCUCAGCACCAGUUUCAGAGACCAGGUUUUCACAAAGCUGGAAAGAAACAAACAGUAAUUUUGGUUGGCCUCAUUACCUCAGCACAGCAGCCAGCCCAGUGCCCACUAGCAUGGGAACCACUGAGAACACACAUGGGCCCCAUAGUGAAAAAAAUGAUGAUGAAAACACUGACAUUUAUGUCCAUUUUGAUGUGAGAGACAGCAAUGUUGGUACAACCAUCGAAUAUACCACCACUGCCCCUGUCAGCCAUGACUAUGAAGAUGGCACCGUACCCACAACAAUGGUAGAAGAGGUGAAAGAAGUGGGUGUUUUGGACUACAAUUCCCACCAGGAGACUGCAAUUGGACUACAAUCCCCUGGCUACCAAGAUGAAAAGGAGAGCCCGCUUCCACCCCUGGAUCCACCUUCCCCAGGCCCUGUGUUUGAGUUUGAAACAUACGAGGACAGCUUUUUCACCACAACCCUGUCCCAAUGGGAGGCAACCACCUCUCUUCCAUACGAGCCACCAGCCCCAGACUCCACUGGGGAUUACAAUGGCUUUUUCCCUGGUGAACCAGACUUUGAUCAGCAGGACAUUGACAUUGAGCCCAAAGCUGAUAGCGAAGUCAAUUUAGGGGUCACCGACAGUGACUUCACCGUGACCUCACGUCCUGUGCCUCAGGAGCCACAUGUUCCACCCUCUCCUCCCCCACCUCUUUCCCAUUCACUCUCAGGCAACCAGGAGAACAUCAAACACAGCACAUCAACAACUGGAAGUGACUCUCCUCCUCCUACUCAUCUGGAAGGAGACCCUCAGUCUCCACCUCCGUCAAUGUUAGCAGAGACAGAGCCAGCCACAGCCCAGUUAGAGACAGACAUUUCAGCACAGUCCCCCACGACUGGGCCAACUCCAUCUAAAGGGGCCAAUGCGGGCCCUCCAGUCCCCUCCCCAUACGGGUGGUCAGAGAUUGACUACAAUGAGAUCCUCAUCCCCCCCAUGCUGAGAUCCAGGGGCAUGGACCCUUCCCUCACAUACCAACCCCCAGUGGAUGUCACCACAACCACUCCCCAGGAUGGCACGAAACCCAUGCCCCCCACCCAGUCCCCUGAGCCACCAGCCAUGCUCACUCUGCCAACCCAUUCUCCCACCACACUCUGGUGGACACCAGAGCCAACCCCAGUGCCAAGCCCAGCUUCCACUCCAAACGCCACAGCUUCCUUCUGGAGAGCCGGCAACUGGAGCGCAUGUUCUACUAGCUGUGGUCUGGGGGCCAUCUGGAGGCUGGUGGUCUGCAGCACGGGACUGGAGUCUGACUGUGACCUGACCAAGAGGCCUGUGCCGGCCCGGCGCUGCUACCUCCGACCCUGCUCCUCCUGGAGGAUAGGGAACUGGACCAAGUGUUCCAAGAACUGUGGUGGUGGGGUGACCCUGCGUGAGAUCCAGUGCUUUGACACCAGGGACCAGAGGCCUUUGCGGCCCUUCCACUGUCAGACCGUGUCUACCCGUCCAGUGGCCCGCAUGCCCUGCCUACCCCAGCCCUGCCUGGACUGGUACUCUUCUUCCUGGGGACAGUGCUCUGAGGUGUGUGGGGGAGGGGAGCAGCAGCGUCUGGUUACCUGUCCAGAAGAGGAUCGCUGUGACGAGGACCAUCUGCCCAGCAACAUCCAGGCCUGUAACAGCCAACCCUGCUCCCAAUGGGUCACUGGCUCCUGGGGAGAGUGCUCUGCAUCCUGUGGUGGCGGCGUGCAGCGGAGGCUGGUGAAAUGUGUGAACACUAAGACGGAGCCUGAGGAGGAGGAGGAUCAUGCCCAGUGUGACUCUGAGCCCUGGCCAGAAAACAGCCAGAAGUGUAACCUGAAUGAGUGUGACAGCGGCCCCGCUGGGCUCACGUGUCUUCGUGACCGCCUCACGUUCCGUUUCUGUCAGACCCUCCAGUGGCUUGGCCGAUGCCACCUGCCCGCCGUGCGGACACAGUGCUGCAAGACCUGUGGCCGGCGUUCCCGUGGCAACGAGCGCACGUCCCGUCGCUGAGGUCAGCGAUCAAUAUAGGGUGGACACGGUCACCCACACUCUUACACUCUCACACACACAGACAUGGACACGCACAGACAUGGACACGCACAGACAUGGACACGCACAGACAUGGACACGCACAGAC